CCGCCUGCCUCCCUGCCGCCGGGGGUGUGUGACGGGCGGGCAGGGCGAGCGCGUCACGCCGCCCGCGCUCCGCCUCCCGCUCCUGAUCCCGGCCCGGCGCGGGCAGGCGCGCACGGCGCAGCCAUGGAGCCGGAGUGCCGGGUGCUCUCCAUCCAGAGCCACGUCGUCCGCGGCUACGUGGGCAACAAGGCGGCCACCUUCCCCCUGCAGGUUUUGGGAUUUGAAGUGGAUACGGUGAACUCUGUCCAGUUUUCAAACCACACAGGCUAUGCCCACUGGAAGGGUCAGGUGUUGAAUUCAGAUGAGCUUCAUGAACUUUACGAAGGACUGAAGCUGAACAAGGUCAACCAGUACGAUUAUGUGCUCACGGGGUAUACAAGAGACACAUCAUUUCUUGCAAUGGUGGUGGAUAUUGUCCAGGAGUUGAAGCAACAGAAUUCUAACCUCGUGUAUGUGUGUGAUCCAGUGAUGGGUGACAAGUGGAAUGGAGAAGGCUCUAUGUAUGUGCCCAAGGAUCUCCUGCCAGUCUACAGGGACAAAGUUGUACCUGUUGCAGAUAUAAUCACUCCUAACCAGUUUGAAGCUGAGUUACUCACAGGCAGGAAGAUUUACACAGAAAAAGAUGCACUGGAGGUAAUGGAUAUGCUCCAUGCCAUGGGACCAGAGACUGUGGUGAUCACAAGCUCAGACCUACAGGCACCUCUAGGAAACGACUACCUGAUUGCUCUGGGAAGCCACAGAAAAACUAAAGCAGAUGGUACCAGGAUAACACAGAGAAUUCGAGUGGAGUCUCCCAAAGUGGAUGCUGUCUUUGUUGGAACAGGAGACUUGUUUGCUGCUAUGCUUCUGGCAUGGACACACAAGCACCCAAACAAUUUGAAGGUGGCAUGUGAAAAGACUGUGUCAGCCAUGCAGCACGUUCUGCAAAGGACCAUUAAGAGUGCAAAAGUGCAAGCUGGAGAAGGAAACAAACCAAACUCAGCCCAGCUGGAACUGAGAAUGGUCCAAAGCAAAAAGGACAUAGAAAACCCAGAGAUCAUAGUGAAAGCCACCGUGUUAUAAAGGCUCCACGUCUCCAAUAACGCACAAUGUAUCGAUGUCCUCAUUUCUUUCCUGUAAAUUGUAAUAUUUGCCUUAGAUCUGUGACAGAAACCUGACUUUCAUGAAAUAGUGCCCAGCAUAGGCAGAUAUCCACUCUCAAUCAUAUGUGCUGGCCUUGCUCAGUUUUAGAACCAGAACAGUUAGUGUGCAUUGAAGCAUAUUCCCAGGUAUCCCAAUGUCUGUCAGAUUCACUUAGUCUGUGUGAUUACCCAGGGCAAGAGAGCAAUGUUCCUGCCUUGCCAAAGACUGUAGAUGUGAAUUUGCUGAUGGAAUGCUUGACUGACUGGAAAAUGUAUUUCAAGAUGGCAUCUAGUGCCAAUGGAGCUGGCUCCAUGCUCCCUUUUCCUGGAGGUACCUGGUUACCUGCCCUGGUACUCAGCAUCUCAGCUGCUAUGAAACAAAGCAGGGUUAAAGCUACACACACAGUUCUGCUUGUGUGUAGGAGUACUUUGAAGAUGUUUGGCAUGUUCAGUACUCUGAAGUGACCUUGAGGUGUCAUUCAUGAUGCUGAUCUCUGCUCCUGUUUCUUCUCCAUGAAGAGCUGCACGGUUUCAGUUGUCACAGGUUCUGGCUGCUUAUUUCUCACAUCUGUGGGUGCCCACAUGAUUUUGCUCCAAAAGCUGCUCCAGAAACAUUUUCAUUAAAAUGAUCAUGCCUUUAUUCAGUACCACUGGUUAGAAGGGUGGCCUCUGAGGCCAGGUUUGAUUCUCUUUUAACUAAGGGCAAAAGAGAAAGCAGCUCUUACCCUGGGAGCUGGCUGCCUUGGUGUGUUCAUUGUGGGUGGAUGUGCUUAGGAACUGCAUGGGUACCUCACUUAACAUCAGUGAGCACUGAUGGCAGCCUUAGCAAUGAAGCAAUGUGGCAAAAGUAGUGGUUUUGGUUUAGUAAGAUCUGGUCAGUUAACAUGUGUUUACCAAAUGCAGUGAGACAGAAAAAUUAACUUCUUAAUAUCUCUCCAAGCAACAACAAUUGGAGAUUACAGAAAUACUACAUUAUUAUUAUUAUUGAUGCACAAUUCUGCUUAAUAAGGCUUCAGAACAGGAUUUUUAAUCAUUUCAGUGUCCUAGGGAUCAUAGGCACAUACUAAAGCAGCAGGGCAGGUCUGUUGACAAGUACUGAACACUCACACUUCUGUAGGAUUUCUGUCUGGGAUCCAUGUUCUUGCUUGUCCCAAGAUAAAGUCUAGUGUGAUGUUAAAUCCAGAUCAAGUUGAUGAGCCUUACUUGUCUCAGACUGCAUAAAGGGAUGGAAAUUGCAUUUCUGAUUGAUUUCCUCUCCUGCAUUUGGCAUCAAAAGUGAAAAAAAAAAUCACGUUACUUGAGAAUUUAAGGAAAAAAAUCAGCAGGAAUUUAUCUAGAAUAUGGGACUCUACUGCUAGUUUUUAGUAACCACUGUCAUGAAAUAACUUUCUAGCAAUAAUAAUUUUGGUGUUGUGCACAGUUGCUAAAAUGAGCAGUCAGUAACAGAGAUAUGAGCUCAUAGCUGCUUGCCCAACCUGUAAAAAGAUGUGACCUGCCGUGUCAGUGUCUGAUGGGAAGCAGUGAAGAGGGAACCAGGUUCUUCCUGUGGUGCCCAAGGAAGUGAUAAAUAGACAGGAGCACAAAUUGAAAUACAGGAAAAUCCAUUUAAACAUUAGGAAAAUAUACUUCACUGUGAAGGUGAUCAAACACUGGCACAGGCUGCCCAGAGAGGUUGUGGAGUCUCUGUUCUUGGAGAUGCUGACUGAACAUGGCCCAGAGCACCCUGCUGUCCUCGGCCCUGCUUGCUCAGAGGUUGGAGCAGAGGAUCUCCAGAGCUCCCUUCCAACCUCAGCCAUUCCAUGAUCCUCUGAGCACCCUGAACAACCUUUCUUUGUAGAGCUGCAUUUUUAAAUGUUGUUCUCCCUGCAACACAAACUUCCAGAUGGGCUGGAAAAUACUCAUAAUAAUAUUUCAUCCCCUUUUUUAAGUAAGCUGUUGUUUGCUUGGGCAGCUGUGCCAGGAAGACAAUUACCUCUUUUGUGAUACUUGCUUUCAGCAAAGAUAUUUAAAUACUGUAGCUGGUGAUAUGUUUCAACAGUUGAACAUGGAAAGGAUUUUAUCUCUCUAACAUUGAUUAACCAAGUGCUGCAUGCCAUAUUCCAAACAUAACUAUGACUUUAUCCAUCUUUUAAAAAUAGACUGUUUCAUAUGGAAGUGUAUAAAACCUGCUGCCCUCUUAGGAAGAAGGAAUCAACAUCCUGAAGUUCCCUGCCUGUACAGACAAUGGUCAAUGCCCUUUUAAUAAGUGUGAGACAGCACAAUUUUAUUUUGCCAAUAGAAUAAACAGACUUCACAAGAGGAUUGAGAGAAAGGCAAGGGCUGUUUUCUCUGAAAUAAAGAAGUUUGGAAUUUGGGAAGACAAACACUGCAAACAAGAUUUUAAUUAUAAACGAUGAUGAACCAUGAUCUUGACAUAAAAGACAAAGUGAUAUGUUUGUUGGAGCAGUUUAUACCUGUGAGGUGUAAUCUUUUCCCAUUUCUUCAGAGAAUGGAAUUCACACCUUCCUUAGAAUCUGUGACACCCAUGUUAAAAAAGAAUCUUCAUACUAAUGUGCUCAAUUUGCAAAAGUUCCUGUUUCACAGUAGCUGGAUCCUGCAGCAUUGAGCUGCUGUUGCUUGAGUCCCUGAGGGUUGCUCAUGUGAUACCUGUUUUAAACUCCCACUGACCUGAUCUAAAUUAGGUCAGGUUUAUAUCUUCAAUGAAGAAUUAACAUCUCUUGCCAGGAACAAGCAUGAGAAAUUAGCUGUAAAUAUAUUCUGUAGCUAAUGUUUUGUAGCCACAGCAGGCUAAUUUCUGAAUGUCAAGGUACACGUUUUUAUUUGUUUAGAGUUACACAAAGCUCAUGUGCAGAACAAAAUUCAAAGACUCAGCACAGUCCUGUCUAAUAUUUCAUUCCCUCCUCUCCUCCUGCAUCUUUUCCUGAGUUCCUGCUGUCUGUCUCCUGCAGCUGGAAAGUGUCUUGGUGUCAGACAGUGCCCACUAUUUAUUUAGGGGCUUGCAGGAGACUGACUAGCAUUGUCUGAUUCACUUGCAAACCUUUAAUUAAAGAUAAAAGGUUAAUCUAAACUAGCUUAGGUCCUAAUUGAUGACAGGAGAACAAGCACUUUAGCCCAGAGAGUGGAGUCUGUAAUAAUGGAUAACCUUCCCUGGCCGUCCUGGGUGCAUAAAAGGUGAAUGCUUUGUGUCCACUCAACUUCCCUCACAUUCUUUCUCCAUUCUGGAAUUAAUUUGGGUCGGGUCCCCUUUUCCUGGGGUUAUUUGCAGUGCCUCUGGCCACUGCUCAAGUCCACCCACUCGUUUUUGGAGCCUGUGCAGGAGAGACCAAAAGUUGUUUACAAACCAUCUACUCUGGGCCUGGAUUGAGACGUGCAUAAAGACAUUGUGCUAAAAUCAGUGCUAGUCACACUCGGUAGAAACACUUCAGAAACCUGCAGUAUGAAUUGUUAAUGUUCGUGUGCUGAUUUUUAUCUCAAGUGGGGAGAAAUCUAUAAUCCAUGUGUUAUACAAAAGAGUUGGAGGACCAAGGUUUCCAGCUACUCAUACUGCCUUUUGAGUAUUUUAACUGUGUCUUGAUUGGAUGGUGUUAAUUUGUUGUCUGAGACUGUUAUGGUGAUUGUAUUGAUUAAUUUUAUUUUAAAAUAUGUGGCAAGGAAGAUUGUAAUAAAAGCAUCUACCUUUAUUAUACUGUGCACAUACAGAUUGUUAGAUCCUAUUUUUAAAUAUGUUAAUCAUUUCAGAAUUAAACAGCACAAGAAUGAUUUGAUAGUCUUGCUGAAUAAAGUGGAUGUAAUGAAAUGUUUCCUUAGUUAUGUCCUAGGAUAGAGAAAGGGUAGUUAAUGGAAGAGAGCACAUUUGUGACCUGUAAUCAUCUUACUGUAAGAUGUGGAUGUGGAAGUGAGUAACAUCCUUGUUGUCUUAAUUUUUUUUUAAAGAGGUUUUAAGGGAAGGAAGUCUCUGGCAUUCUGCACCCCUCCCUUGAGUUCCUCUUACUUGUAUAUGUAGGACCUCAUUGUGUUGUGCUCUUUUUUCCUCCAGACAAGGUGAGAAGAGGGGCUUGGAGUAAGAACCAUAACUCAUUUUGAGAUCUCUUCCUUAUGCAGCGUUUAACUGCACUCCACUCCCUGAAUUUUUACCUGCACCGUGUAGGGUGGAGCACACAGGGAAACAAAUGUUCCUCAAGUGGGAACAAGAGCUUCUGCCAGCACUCAGCAGUGUCCCUGCCAGCGUGGUGGUUUGCAGGAGGAGAGGAGCAGGGAUCCAGGUUGAGGAGAGCAGGAAGUGCCAUGUCAUUCCACUUGUGUCCUGGAGAGGUUUGGUUUGUUUUACACUGAAGAAAACUACCCCUCCCAAGUAAAGGUUCUUGUCCAGGUGAAGAAUGCUUUUAAAAGCUGAGACAUGUUACAAAUUUUGGUCACUCUGGUACUAAAAUAUUUCUUCAUAAAGGGAAGCACAUCCCUUGUACAUCCCCUUGCUGUAGUCAUUCCACUCCUGUUGAGAAUCCCAGGAUUAGAUAUCCAGAGAGGAGAGCUGUUAUUCCUGAAAGCACAUGUUCUUCAUGUUCCUGGUAAGUGAGAGCCUGCUGAGCAGUUCUGUAGCUUUCUAAAACACCUCCAUUAGAGACAUUUGUCAGCCAUGGAAACUAAGCUUCAAGAUGUUCAAUCACAGCCCAAAAAUAGCUCUUUCACAUAGAUGAAAACUCUUGAAAGUGCAUUAUUGUCAAUAAAUGAGUGAACCAGUGAGUUUGUACACAUAUGCAGGAGCAGAUUUCAGGUAAAUCCCUGAGGUUCAAUCAGCCACUGGAGGAGUGUGCCCUGAGCAAAGGGCUGCUGCUGUCAGGGCACUGCUUCAGGAGAGACCCAGCUAGUUCUCACCAUUUCCCAGAAGGGAGGAAUGUGGUGUGGCAGUCAGCAGCCAGGGAAAACUCCCAUCUGCUUCACCAGUGCCAGGUGACAGCCCCAGUGCCACCAGUUUGAUGCUUUUGCUGCUCUGGCAGCAGAGGACCUCGAGGCAGAUGGGAUGCACCUAAAUGUGCUCACAUUCCUGACUCAGUGCCUCCACAGUGCAAUAAUGGUAAUAAAUCCCCCAAAGUGCAGAGCAGAGAACAAGGCAGCACAUUAUUCAGAGAGAGAAAACCAGCAAUAUGAGAAGGCUGUGCCAUAUGUUACCACUGAAAUCACACUUACCUAUUGCCCUCGUGGUUGCAUUGCUGUUUAGAAAAAAAAAAAAAUCUGUGUGUAGAAGAGUGUAAUUUAUGUACUCCGUGUGUGUGUGUGUUUGUAUGUUGAAGCUUUAUUUGCAAUGUGGUAGGGGUGGGAAACAGAAUUUGGGGGGCUGGCUGAGUAGGCCUUCAGGAUGUGAGCAGAAGGUCUUAAAGAAUUAUAUUUUUAUAGAUUGUGCUGAAGCUUUGGGUCCCAGCCACACAUAGCCUUCUCUUCCAGAGAAAUACAAUGGUUUGGAAAGAGAGUCAGGUGGCUGUAAUAUAGUAGGGAUAGUACAACCCCACCAGCCCUGGACAAACUGAAUAACUUAAUAAAAGAUGCCUUUUUAAGUAUUAUUUUUUUAGUGCUGAAUUGUUAAACAAAGAAAUAUUUAUGAGCAAACUUUCUAUGUACUUAAAGUUUGUGUGGUGCUUUGUACUGACUAGGUGGAACUGUUAUCUGUUUACACAUCUUAAAUGAUUGUCCUUGAGGUGUGUGUAGUAAUUCAACUACUUCUGUGCCAGAAAAACAAUGAAGUUCUGUGUAAUAGCAAAUUAUUUAAUUUCUGAUCAAACUGUAGGCUUUCUAGUGUUUGUGUAUUUUUCUGGUUGGCCAUUACAAGUUGUAUCCUUCCUGCAGUAAGGCUUGUACGCUUGAUUGUAGAGAGAGGCAAUAGGAUGGUAGAUAACCAUUGUUUAAGAAGAAAACCCUAAAUAUUGCUACCUUAUCCACUUUAACAUCAGGUAAGCUUUGUGGCAUAAACCUGAAAUUUUGCAUUGGAAAGAUGUUUCAAAUACAUCUAGGUUAGGUUAAAAAUUGGGGAUGUUUAUUUAAUUAAAUAAGAUAGGGACAAGCCAAAAGAUGGAACAAAAAUUGCUUCUUCCCAUUGUAUGGACCUGACCAAGAUAAUUCAUAGCUUGUGCUACAGCUGAAUGGACAAAUGGGGAAAGAUUUUUUCCUUGUAGUUUGUCAGCUGUAACAGCAUGAAGAAUUUUAGUUGUUUGUUCUGAAUUCAAAUUCAUAAAUGCCUUUCAGGAGAGCUGAAUUAUUGAUAAAAUCCCAUUCAGUCAAAAGGCAAAGCUGUUCACAGGGUUCUAAACCACAGCAGGAUUUUUUCAUCUUGCUAAGCAAAGUGAGCCUUUGUUUUUUAUGGCUGGGAGACCAGGGCUAAAGGACAACUGUCCAGAUACUGCCCAGAUUUAAUUUUUUUUUGUGAACUUCAGGAUCUCUGUAAAAAGCACAAGGGUCUGCAUCAUAAAGGAGUUUUUGGAGCAUUGUCCUAUGAUAAAUGUCAUUACCUACCGGAGCAGUUGGUGAUUUGGCAAAACUGAGCAUCCCUUGUUAUGUCCCUUUUAAUUUAACACGGCAGCAUCCUCACUCUUGUGAAUAAAUCACCACCGCAAAAAGUAGAGAAUUUAUCAUGAGUUUUCCUCCCGAGAGUUCCCAAUUUUUGGAUGUGUUAAAAAAGAAGCACUUCUGCUUUGCUAAGUUAGCAGUAGAAAUGUCACUGAAAUGAAUAAUGUAUUGCUGAGGAGGGAGCUGUGGCAGGGAACAGCAGUGCUGGGGUUUGUUGUGCCUGGCUUUCCUCCUCCUGGGAAUCUGCGGGUGCAGCAUCCCCGUGGUGGUGGCAGGGUGGCUGUUCUGCCUGCAUCCUGCCCUGGGGGAAAUGUGGAGGAGUUAUUCUGAGCAAGUGGGAGCUGAGGUUGAUGUGGAGCUGUGAGUUUGUUGGCAGUGCUGUCCCAAGGCUGGGGUUCAGCACAGCUCUUGGUGCACCCAGCAGCUCCUGGUGUACAGCCCCCUGCUCUCCUGGCCGUGGCAUAAUUCCCUUAGAUUUCUUCUGCAGGCCAUGGAGAACCAAGAGACUCUGGAAGUGCAUUAUUCAAAUUAUUCAGGCUUGGGUUUUGUGCUUUUGAAAAGAAAGAUAGAGAAUUAUCAGCUGCUGUGGUAGACCUACCUUGUCCAUCUCAGCUACACCAUAAAACUGUGCCCUAACCUUCCUCUCCUGUCUUCUCUGCUGUCCCUGAUUUGCCUGUCCCCAUAACAAGGGACAUGAAGGGCUAAAAUCAAUGAGGAAUUCAUAUAGUCAAAACUCCUGAAUUUUUAAUCUUCUUUAGUUCCCUUAACCUCCUCGUGCUGGGAACAGAUAAGUGCCCGUGCUGCUGCUGGAGAGGGUCUGGGACAAUGCAGCUGCUCAAAAAUGAGGCAGGGUGGAGUUGCCUCUCCCUGGCAGUGAGGUGCUGGCUGAGCAGGACCUAAUUGCAGAGCUGCUUGGUUAAUGGUAAAGAAAAUAAAUAUUUGUGAGUGAAGUACUUGAAUGAAGAGUUGGUGAUUCAGUUAAUCAGAGUUUGGUGUUCUCAAUCCAUCCCAUCCCCUGUGUCACAAAAAUAUUAUAGUGCUAAAAUAUUUGGUGUGGCUGUUCUUAAUGAUCUGUGUGCUGCUUGUGCCUAGCAGAGCAGGAAAUAGCAGUGAAUAAAUCAGUGCUUUAAAUAGGGAAUAUAAUGGGGAGAUCCAGGUGGAGAAAAUGUCCAGUUUGUUUUCACAGCAUUUAAAUGGUGCUAGAGUUGUCCAGGUCUGGCUCUUUUCCUUCCCACUCCCUUUAAGCAAGGAAAAACUGACAUCAAUAAAUCUAUAAAUAAAUAAGGGGAGUUACCUGGGAAUUUUCAUUGGCAGAUUGAUAAGAUUUUCCUCACCAGAGGUCUGUAGUUCACAGGGGGGUUUCAGAGGUGACAGAGCCUGUCACAGCUGGCUUGGAGCACAGUCCCUGGGACACGGCUGUGACAGAUGCCAUUGGGAUGCCACCUGCAGGCACUCCUGCCUUUGGCACAGCGUGUAUUCACGUGCUAGGUGUGAGCACACACCUUGGCAGGGAGGAAAUUUGGGGUUCUUGCUGGAGCUGCAGUGAUGGGAGGAAACCCUGGAGAGUUCAGCACCACGCAAUGACCCUGCCUUUGGCUGUCAGUGUUUGUUGGUGCAAUGCAUCCCCUUCCAGUGUUGUUUUCUUUCUGGGAGAUGGGAGAUUGGCAGCCCAUACACUGCUUUAACGUGCUUUUAUCUGGCUGAAUGUGGAAAUCAAGAUUGUUGAAAAUGGACUGGAGGGAUAGCUGUGAAUUUGCCUAGGACCUAUGUGUGUAGGGAAACGAUGAGAUUUGUCUCUUAAUUCGGAAAUAAUUCAGUAUUGACCAAAUGAGUGCCAUGUCUUCAACAGGCAGUAGCACCUGGAAGAGGCCAAUAUUUAGGGUUUUUGCCCAAAGCACAUUUAGCCCUGCUCUACUGUUUAGUGAAAAUGCCCAGUGCAGAUGCCACCAGAGCCUCAUCUCAUGGAGUAAUGCUGUAAUAAAGAAUGUGGUUUUCUUGUGCAAGUCUUGACCUCUUCUUAUGAAAAUAACACACAACUCAGUAUUUUCAUGGUGUAUAAGUGAAAUGUAAUUUUUUUUUCAAUAAAAUACAUUUCCUUUCCUAAA